GCGGCGGCGGCGUCGCUCCCCGGCAGGCCGGGCUUCGUGCGCGAAGGAGCUUGGGAAAGCGAGUCCGCGGCCUGCCCUGCAGUGGAGGCCAGCCACGGAUCCGCCUGGCGAAGGGCGGGCGCCAGCUCCACCCCUUCCCCGGCCCCCCCCUACCCGGCUCGGAGGAGGAGGAGGAGGAGGAGCGUAUCGGGGCGGCGCGCGGCCAGCAGCAGCAGCAGCGCCGCCGCUCCGCUCCGCGCCGAGAUGCCGCCGUCAGCCAGCGAUGCUGCCCGGAAAGAGUCCGCCGGCGCUUCUUCGCCGCUGCCUGACCUGCCCGGCGGGCCCCUCCGCCCCUACCGGAGGAGAGCCUCCUUCGACUGGAAGCAGAUGGCCGCCUUCAUCGAGGACGGAGACCUCAUUCAGUUCAAGAGCCGAAUAUUCACAGCUUUUGAACAUGAUCCACUGUUUGCUCGUCUCCCUGGAGAAGAAUUAUCCCUUGAGAGAUAUCGAGAGCUCACCUUCCUCAGGUGUAAGAGGCUUUUCGAAUACGAUUUUCUAAGGCUGGAAGAUAUCUUGGAGAAACCAUUAAAAAUCAUGGUACUGAUUACCUGCCUGGGGAUGUAUGAUUGGUCUCUUGGAGCCAAAUAUUUGCUGAACUCCCAGGUGUUCAAAGGUGCAAUUGAGAGUUCGGGUUCAGAAAGACAUGAAGAAUUUAUUAAACAAAAUGAGAACAUGGAGGGAGAGGAGUUUCCAGGGCUUCGUCUCUCCCCUGUGGCUCCUCAAGAGGGAGAGAGGCAAAUCUCCAAGUGGCUUACACCAUCAGCUGCAGGCCAAGCCAGAAAGCCUGGAGGGAGCUUUGGGGCACCCCAGAAGCCAGAGAAGUCCCCAGCCCCAUCUUCUAAAACCAGGAAGAGUUGGAGCCAUUGCAAAACAGGGACUGUCCCUAUCAAGUUUGCUAUGUUUCACAAUGUGAGGAUACCAAAGGAAAACUUGCUGAACCGAACUGGAGAUAUCACAGCUGAGGGGACCUACACAAGUGCAUAUAAGGAUCUCAAGCAGCGUUUGGGUGCUUCUCUUGGUGCUUUGUCUAGCGGAAGAGUUAUGAUUAUAGCCAUGUCAGUGGUCAACUUAAAGCUUGCUGUGUCAAUAGCGAUUCGUUUCUCAGCUACUCGGCAUCAGUUUGGGCCAACAGAUGAGAAAGAGAUACCUGUUCUUGAAUACCAAAUGCAGCAAUGGCGGUUGAUUCCUUAUUUAGCAGCUGUCUAUGCCUUAGACUAUUUCUCUAAAUCACUGUUUAUGAACUUCAUCGAAUUCCACAUUGGCCUUAUAAUGAAGGACAAGAGUCCACGGCAGAUUGAACUUGGACGUGAGAUACAUGCCUUGUCUACUUCAGGCAAACCACUGUCCUCCUGGCUCGCACAACAGGGAGCUCAGGAAUGCCGAGAAGCCUGUGGGGGUCAUGGCUAUUUGACUAUGAAUCGUCUGGGCGACAUCCGCAAUGACAAUGACCCAAACUGCACAUAUGAAGGAGACAACAAUGUUCUGCUGCAGCAAACCAGCAAUUACUUGCUGAGCUGGCUGACUGCCAGAGGCCAGGAUAGUGGUCCCAUGACUUCACCACUGGGUUCUUUAGAUUAUUUGGAAGGCUACGACCACAUCCUUCGCCAGAAAUUCACAGUGGCAGAUGUUCAUGACUGCAUGGAUUCUUCAGUACCUCUAACAGCGUACAAGUGGCUGGUCUGUUACUUGCUUCAAGAGAGUUUCCAAAAGCUGAGAGACCAAGAACAAUCCGGUUGUACUGAGUUUGAGGCCAAGAACAACAGCCAGGUGUACUACUGUCAUUCCUUAGCAAUAGCUUUCAUUGAACACACCGUUUUGCAAAGAUACCACGAGUAUGUCCACAGUGCUGAGACACCAGCCGCCCUUCAGCCUGUCCUGCAGCGCCUGUGCUCACUGUACGGACUCUGGUCGUUACAUAAACACAUGGCUGUGCUCUACCAAGGUGGUUUCGUUUCAGGUGAAAAGGCGGGUAGACUUGUGCAAGAUGCAAUUCUAGAGCUUUGUUCGGAGCUGAAGGAUGAUGCUGUUGCCUUGGUGGAUGUUAUUGCUCCUCCUGACUUCAUUCUCAACUCCCCCAUUGGCAGAGCAGAUGGAGAGCUGUAUAAGAACCUGUGGAGCUCUGUCCUUCAAGGCAGCAAAGUGCUGGAGAGACCAUCUUGGUGGGCAGAGUUUUGUGCCAAUAAACCUGUUGUUGGUAGACUGAGGUCUAGAAUGUAAAUGGAACAGUACACAAGAGUGACCAAGGUGGGUUUGGGAUGAUUUACACUAUUACGAGCUAAAGAAAUGUUUUAAACAUUGCAAGUGAAAGGGACUUUUUGUGAAGGAAUGCUACAUGGCAUAAGAUUUUGAAAUGGCAUCUAGGCCCACUGGCAUAAUCGCAUCGUGACCAGCACAGACCAGUUCUUGCCCAGUACUCACUUGUGUGGUUUCCUCAAGAUGUGUAUGAAUAAGAUCUUUGUGAAACUUGAAUAUUACCUCCCUCUCUAUUCAUGAGAGCUACCAUCUGAGUCUAACAUCUGCUUUUUGAACAAUAACUGAGUAGUAAAGCUGGGAAAAUAAUUGUAACAAGUAGAAGGAAAGUUAUGUCUACAUAAAACUAACCAAGAUUCUCUGUUGCUAUUAAUUUAAAUAAUUCUGUCAGAAUCACUGAAGUGUCCUGUUAUGAUUACUGAGCAGAAAUAUUUGUGUCAUCUCCAAAUUGGGCCCAAGGAGUUCAUAUAAGAUGAGAGGUUUUAGAUUUUGAUUGUCAUAUUUAAGCCUCUCUAAGGCAACUGAUUCCACAUUCUUUCGUUUAAAGUAUAUUUAAUUGCUGGUAUUGAAAACAUUGAGUUCUACAUAAUCUCUCCAGUGUUCUGAAUUGCAUUUGUAUUUUUAGUUUAAGUGAAAGCAAAUGUCUUAACCAGAUGCCUCAAGCAGCUGUUUUCAGAAUAUCCAAGUUUCAUUUAUGUUAAAUGUUAAUGUUAUAAUAUGAUACACUAUAAAAUAAAAUUCUUCCAACUUAGUAGA